GGGGAAAGGUAGAACUCAACUCAAAGACAGGACAGAGAGAGAGAUACCAAGUGAAGACAUCUGAAGAUCUCAGAAGAAGUGAAGCUACAACUGAAGAUUUCAGAAGGACACUAUCACCAUGGCAAUGUUGACCAUUCUUCUGCUUCUCAGUGCUGCCUUUGCACUGGGCAAUGCCUUAACUCUGGACGAAGCAAAUGCUAUGGUGGCAUUUGCAGCAGAUAGAGCAAGGCCAUGCCCCAAAGGCUGGUUCCAGUUUAAUUCACGUUGCUUCAUGUUUGUCGAGACUAAAAGGACAUGGCCCGACGCAGAGCGCCACUGUAUGUUCCUUGGAGCAAACCUGGUGUCUGUGCAGAACACUGUAAAGUACCUUGGAGCAAACCUGGCGUCUGUGCACAGCUCUGAGGAGUCCCAAUUUCUACAGGCGGUGGUGUUAAUCAAGACUGGCGAUUUCCCUCUUACCUGGAUUGGAGGAUAUGAUGCUGUUCAGGCAAAUGUGAUAAAGGACAGGCUGUGGUUCUGGAGUGACGGCUCCAAAUUUGAUCACCAGAGCUGGGCGAAAGAUGAGCCCAAUAACUAUAACGGUGCCAGAGAGCCAUGCAUUCAGAUGAACUUUGGAGGUGAACACCGCUGGAACGAUGAAUUAUGUGGAAAGAGCUAUCCCUCUGUGUGCUCCAUAAGAACCUGUUCAAUCCUUCAAACUAUCAACUGAAACCAAAUAUACUACUCCGUGGUGUCAGCAUCCUAACUUAAAAAUGUUCAUGGUCAAGUCAAAUACUUUGUGAAGAUUAUUUGUUGCUGUAAAAUGAACAUUUUAGUUACUUGUUGCAUACAUACAUGUUGAGUAAUGAUUUUGUGGUUUGGUGUCAAUAAAACAGGUGUACACAUUA